UUGUCAAACGAGGAGUAUACUGUCUUUGCACCUCAGACUCAGGAGGAGACUAGGUCUUUCUCCUUAACACAUUGUCAAACGAGGAGUAUACUGUCAUUGUUUGGUGGUAAAGUGUUGGGCAUAAGACGACUCCUCUACAAUAGGAUGUGUUCCAUGACAGCAUGACCCUCCGGGACUCAUUAUGUGCUCUGGUGAAGAGGAAAUACCUGGGACAGUCACACCUGGACGGAGACAUACUUCCCGACCCCCCAAAAACCUGGCCUGAAUCCCCACUCAUAAAAGCACAUGAUAUUGCUUCGUCAAUGUCCCAGACUCAGGCAGAGAGAAUGAGAUCAGUUUUCAUCAACGUCUCCAAUCCCCUGCUCCUCCUCUUCCUGUACAUGUUCGUCUGCUCGUUGGAUGUCCUGAGUUCUGCCUUCCAGUUAGCAGGAGGUAAGGUGGCUGGGGACAUCUUCAACGACAACGCUAUACUGUCCAACCCGGUGGCAGGGCUGGUGGUGGGCAUCCUGGUGACGGUUCUGGUCCAGAGCUCCUCUACCUCCACCUCCAUUGUCGUCAGCCUCGUCUCCUCGGGCCUACUCAAUGUGAGGUCUGCCAUCCCAAUCCUCAUGGGAUCCAAUAUUGGGACGUCCGUCACCAACACCAUCGUUGCUCUGAUGCAGGCUGGAGAGAGGGAUGAGUUUGAACGGGCAUUUGCUGGAGCGACGGUGCAUGACUGUUUUAACUGGCUGUCAGUGCUGGUGCUACUGCCCCUGGAGGCAACCACAGGCCUGCUGAGAAGACUGUCUCAGGCUGUAGUCGACACCUUCCACAUCAGCUCUGGAGAUAAGGCCCCAGAGAUGCUCAAGGUCAUGACUGAACCACUCACCAAACUCAUCAUUCAGUUGGACAAGUCUGUCAUCACAGGCAUCGCCAUGGGAGAUGAGGCCAUGAGUAACAGGAGUCUGGUGAGGGUAUGGUGUAAGAAUCACAUCCUAACGUCCUCUGUGAAUGUUUCUGUUGGUGAUUCCUUCAACUGUACAUCAGUACAACCCUGCUGGCAAAGCAAUGCAACAACCUGGACAACACAGAACAUGACUCUGCUUGUAAAUAUAGAAAAAUGCAGCCAUCUGUUUGUGGACUCGUGGUUGUCCGACCUGGCGGUAGGCCUCAUUCUGCUCGCCUGCUCUCUUCUGCUCCUGUGCACCUGUUUGUUGCUGCUGGUCAAGCUGCUCAAUUCCCUGCUCCAAGGCCAGGUGGCGAAGGCCAUCCAGAGGAUCAUCAACACAGACUUCCCCUACCCGUUUGGCUGGCUGGCAGGUUACCUGGCCAUCCUAGUGGGGGCUGGCAUGACCUUUGUGGUUCAGAGCAGCUCAGUGUUCACCUCUGCCAUCACUCCUCUCAUAGGUAUUGGUGUUAUCAGCAUUGAACGUGCCUACCCUUUGACCCUGGGGUCAAACAUUGGUACAACCACCACAGCUAUCCUGGCAGCAUUGGCAAGCCCAGGGGACAAGCUGGCCGCAGCUUUCCAGGUCGCCUUGUGUCAUUUCUUCUUCAACAUACUGGGCAUUCUGCUGUGGUACCCUGUGCCCACCACCCGCCUGCCCAUCCGAAUGGCCAGGACUCUGGGGCAGUGCACGGCCAAAUAUCGCUGGUUCGCUGUACUCUACCUGCUUCUGUGCUUCCUGCUCCUGCCCUCGCUUGUCUUCGCCCUCUCCAUGGCAGGCUGGCAGAUAAUGGCUGGGGUGGGCGUGCCCUUCGCUGCGGCCCUCCUCUUGGUGUCUGUGGUGAACAUGCUGCAGGUACACAGGCCAGGCUGUCUGCCAGUGCGGCUGCAGAGCUGGGACUUCCUGCCUGUCUGGAUGCAUUCCCUUCAACCCCUGGAUACCCUACUCACCAAGGUGACCCUGUGCUGCACUAAAGGAGCCAGCGAGCCUGGUCUGAUACAGUGCUCUAUGGACCAUGAUGGUCCUCAGAAGAGGAGCCACAUGGCUUUGGACAACCUUGUUCUGUGUUACAUAGACGAGGCCCCCACUGUGGUAAUGUCCCAGGGGUCAGACGAAGCCCCCACAGUGGUAAUGUCCCAGGGGGCAGACGAAGCCCCCACAGUGGUAAUGUCCCAGGGGGCAGACGAAGCCGCCACAGUGUUAAUGUCCCAGGGGGCAGACGAAGCCCCCACAGUGGUAAUGUCCCAGGGGGCAGACGAAGCCCCCACAGUGGUAAUGUCCCAGGGGGCAGACGAAGCCGCCACAGUGGUAAUGUCCCAGGGGGCAGACGAAGCCCCCACAGUGGUAAUGUCCCAGGGGGCAGACGAAGCCCCCACAGUGGUAAUGUCCCAGGGGGUGGACAGGGUCAGGAGCACACGUCUGUAGAUCUUAUGACACUGGAACAACAGGAAGACAGAGCAGAAUAUCUUGUGAAAGCAGCAUUGUGGACUGCAAGAAAUGAGCAGUGAUGAUCUAAUGUAAUGGAACAACGAGACUGAAGCAGAAAGCUGUAGGAGCUUAUGGUUGCAUGAAAACAUGACUCCACUCACAGUCAGUUCCUUUAUGGAUUGCGGAAAUCAUGCAUGAUGCCAGCAGCUACAAAACAAUGUUUACUGUGGUUGAGUUAUGUCAUGUACUGUACUUCAAAGCCACGGAAUCAAUGAGAGUGUAUUAUUUACUCACAGCAACUCUAUUUCCAGACAAAUGUUUGGGCCUAUCGCCUAAAGGACAUAUGUAUUAUAUCAUAAUUUCCCACAAUCAGGAUAGCCUUUCACUUUCUGUCAAAACAAACACUUCUUCCUCUUUGCUAUCAGUCAGGAGAGGUUAGUAAAUGUCUGUCUCUCUGCUGAAAAUGCAGGAAUUCUGAUUGAAUAGAAUGACAAAAACCACUCAGCCAAUUAAAAGGCCUUAAAAAAAAGAAUACAAGUUAUGCAUAUGAAUGGCUGCGUAAUUGAAGCUAUAUAGGAGGGAAUGGGCGCCUCCACACGCUAAUUAUAACGCAGCAGGGCUCUGAAUGGUUGAUUAAACAUCCAUUUGGUGGCAUAAUGGCAAGUGAUUUCCCCAGUUUCAAUACAUUUUAGGCUUAACGUCUCCUCGCUACUCUUUGAACAAUUGGUACUUUUAACCACAUGCAUAUUCCAGAGAGUUAAAAAUAGAUGAUUUGAUCAUUUUGUUCAAAAUCACAAUUAUUGUACAUAUAGGAGUUUCAUAUUUGGGAUGAGAUGGGAAGCAAUUGUUAUAUAUGCUAAAUGUAUCAAGUCAACUGUGUGUAACACAGAUAGACAUUCAUCUGUCUUUUCUGUUUAAAAGACACAGCAGAGCAGGGCUUUUCACCGGCCCAGUUUCUCCAACCGAGCUGAGACAGACAAGACAGUUGCCAGUGUCAUGAAACUAGAAGCUAGAAUAGAAUUGAGUAAUAAUUCAGAAUAUACCACAUCUAACAGUCGGCAGAAAGGGAGUUUGAUAUCAUCCAUAAUAACCAAGGACGAUAGAUGAACAGCCAUGAGAUGUUUUUAUUGCAUGAGAAGUUCUUGAGGCAGACCUAUUUAAGUGUAGACCACUUUUCUUGUGACAGAGGCCUACAGAGCCUUGCAGUACAGAGCCCUACACUACAGCUUCCAGUGCAGAGCCCUACACUACAGCUUCCAGUGCAGAGCCCUACACUACAGCUUCCAGUACAGAGCCCUACACUACAUCUUACAGUACAGAACCCUACACUACAGCUUCCAGUACAGAACCCUACACUACAUCUUACAGUACAG